AUGAAUUCAAUGCUUGAUAAAAAAAUGACAGAUGCUGAUCCGAACGAUAAGAAUACCAUCUAUGAAAAGGCUAAAGCUUACUGGGCAACGGUAUCUUGUAAUGUUGAUGGUAUGCUUGGAGGUUUUGCUCAUCUUCAUGUACCCGACAUUCGUGCUUCAAAACAAUUCAUUAAUCUCUUGAAAGUCAAAGGAAUGCUGACAAAGUAUGAACGGGCUAUUGACUGUGGAUGUGGCAUAGGACGUGUUACUAAGCAUCUCUUAUUACCAUUGUUUGAAUCGGUGGAUAUGGUGGACGUUACCGAAAAUUUCAUUCAAGAAUCUGCCAACUAUAUUGGUAAAGAGAACAGUCGGAUUGGUAAUAAAUUGAUAUGCAGUUUGCAGCAGUUCGAGCCAUCAUCUUGUCAUUAUGAUCUCAUAUGGAUACAGUGGGUUACUGGUCAUUUAACAAAUAACGAUUUCUCUAAAUUUCUCCAACGAUGUAAGGGCGGUUUAAAAGACAAUGGCUGUAUUGUUCUAAAGGAAAACGUUACUUCUUCUGAAGAUCGAUAUGAUUUCGAUGAUGAAGAUAACAGCUGGACGCGUCCUAAGGAUGCGUUGUUGCAACUCUUUCGAAAUGCUGGCCUUACAUUAAUAGCCCAGAAGAAACAGCAGAAUUUUCCAAAAGAAAUGCUUCCUGUUUAUAUGUUUGCAUUGCAAUAA